UAUCUAUUUGUAAAUAUCAAAUUUGCGAAUGAUUCACUCGAGUAGCCAAAAACCAAUUUCUCGUAGUAAAUUGCUGUUUCUAUCACUGUUCUAGCCCGUAGGCUUUUGUUAUUUAAUAUUAUUUGCAGUAUCAAUCUAAACUCACCAUGGGCCUAUUCGGAAAAUCACAGGAAAGAAACCCAAAAGACAUGGUACAAGAAUGGUCAUCCAAGCUGAGGAAAGAAUCGUACGCUUUGGACAGACAAAUCCGGUCUAUCCAGCGGGAGGAAGAGAAAGUAAAGCGGUCGCUGAAGGAGGCUGCUAAAAAAAACGACAAAGAAAUUUGCACCACACUGGCGAAAGAAUUGAUUCGCUCCCGCAAAGCCGUAAAUAAAAUUUAUACUAGCAAAGCUCAUAUUAAUUCGGUCCAGCUUCAGAUGAAGAACCAGCUCGCAACUGUUCGGGUAGCCGGGUCGCUCUCCAAGUCGACCGAAGUGAUGCAAGCGAUGCAGGCUCUCGUCAAACUACCAGAAGUGGCUGCAGCUAUGCGAGAUAUGUCUAAAGAAAUGAUGAAAGCCGGUAUUAUCGAGGAAAUGAUCGACGAAACAAUGGAAUCGCUAGAGGACGUCGAAGAAAUGGAGGAGGAAGCGCAGAAGGAAAUCGACAAGGUACUGUGGGAGAUCACUGCCGGCAAGCUGGGUGAGGCUCCUUCGGCGCCGAUGGCCGCACCGGCGAAGGAAAGCGAAGGCGAAUCGUCGCGCGUGACUGCCGAUGUCGAGGACGAGGAAGAUAUGCAGGACAUGCAAAGUCGACUGCAGGCGUUGCGGUCGUAAUUUUUUGACGGAGAUCAGUAUUCCGUUGCGAUUUAGGCUUUAGACGUUUGAGUAAGAAUCAUCUACUUUUUGGACCCGUUGGCAGAGACCGUUUAGUUUUCACCUUCGUUACUAGAUCCCCUUUGUAUAUAUAGUCGCGUUUUACUAGGCUACAGCUCGUGGAAGGGUGCUCCAGUUAUCCUCCAAACAUUGCGUUGUACUAAGAAUAGUGGAAAGAUUUGUGGAGGAAAACGUAUUACUCUUUAAGAAUAUUUAAAGAACUAAUAUAGAAA